AUGGCAGCAACUCCAGAGAGUUCCCCCUGCUCCUGCUACACCACCCACCCAGGCCUGGUAGGUCCUGGAGGAGGAUCCCUGGAAGCAGAGCGAGCAUCUACCUGCCCAUUACACCUCCACGGCUUUCACACGCUGGUACCCACCCUCCUUGCCUCUGACCAGACAUCAGCAGAAGGGUCAACCAUCCUGGCUGCCAGCCGGCACUCUCUCAGAGUCGCCCUCUCCAGGGCUAUGGUGGAAACUGCAGAAUCCAGGAUUUGCAGCUCUGAAAAAAAUCCUGAUGGAUGCGGUGGACCACAUCCACCAAUGCUUCGUGACUCUGACUGGGAUGGUGCUUCCUCCCAACAUUUCCCAAGGUUUUGGAAACAGCCCAUGCAAGCAAGGGAACCUGAAGCUUUGGCUUCAGAGCUCCAAGAUGAUGAUGAUAGCGAUAUUCCCACAGCCCAAAGGAAGCGGUUUACCAGAGUAGAAAUGGCCCGUGUUCUGAUGGAGAGAAACCAGUAUAAAGAGAGAUUGAUGGAGCUUCAAGAAGCUGUUCGAUGGACAGAGAUGAUUCGGGCAUCAAGAGAAAAUCCAGCCAUGCAGGAAAAAAAAAGGUCAAGCAUCUGGCAGUUUUUCAGCCGACUCUUCAGCUCCUCAAGCAAUACUACUAAGAAGCCUGAACCACCUGUUAAUCUGAAGUAUAAUGCACCAACCUCUCAUGUUACGCCUUCUGUCAAGAAAAAAAGCAGCACCUUAUCUCAGCUCCCUGGGGAUAAGUCCAAAGCCUUUGAUUUCCUUAGUGAAGAAAUUGAAGCUAAUUUGGCCUCACGCAGAGAACAAAGGAGAGAACAGUAUCGUCAGGUAAAGGCACAUGUUCAGAAGGAAGAUGGUAGAGUACAGGCUUUUGGCUGGAGUCUGCCUCAGAAGUACAAACAGAUAACCAAUGGUCAAGGGGAAAAUAAGAUGAAAAAUUUACCUGUUCCUGUCUAUCUCAGACCCCUAGAUGAGAAAGAUACAACAAUGAAGCUGUGGUGUGCUGUUGGAGUCAAUUUAUCUGGUGGAAAGACCAGAGAUGGCGGUUCUGUUGUUGGAGCGAGUGUAUUUUACAAGGAUGUCACUGGUUUGGAAACGGAAGGCAGUAAACAGCGAAGUGCAUCUCAGAAUAGUUUAGAUAAGUUAGAUCAGGAACUUAAGGAACAACAGAAGGAAUUAAAAAAUCAAGAAGAAUUAUCCAGUCUAGUUUGGAUCUGUACCAGCACUCAUUCAGCUACAAAAGUUAUCAUUAUUGAUGCUAUUCAACCAGGCAACAUCCUAGACAGUUUCACUGUUUGCAAUUCUCAUGUUCUGUGUAUUGCAAGUGUACCAGGAGCACGAGAAACAGAUUACCCUGCAGGAGAAGAGAUUUCAGAAUCUAGUCAGGUUGACAAAGCGUCUUUAUGUGGAAGCAUGACAAGCAAUAGCUCAGCAGAAACAGAUAGCCUGUUGGGAGGCAUCACAGUGGUUGGCUGUACCACAGAAGGUGUAACAGGAGCUGCCACUUCACCUAGUACCAAUGGUGCUUCUCCAGUGAUAGAAAAACCACCAGAAAUGGAAGCAGAAAGUAGUGAGGUUGAUGAAAAUGUUCCAACAGCAGAAGAAGCAACCGAAGCCACAGAAGGCAAUGCAGGGUCAGCUGAAGACACUGUAGAUAUCUCCCAAACUGGAGUGUACACAGAGCAUGUCUUUACAGAUCCUUUGGGAGUUCAGAUCCCAGAAGACCUAUCCCCAGUGUAUCAAUCAAGUAGUGACUUAGAGGCUUAUAAAGAUCAAAUAUCAGUAUUGCCAAAUGAACAAGACCUAGUGAGAGAGGAAGCCCAGAAAAUGAGCAGCCUUUUACCAACAAUGUGGCUUGGAGCUCAGAAUGGCUGUUUGUAUGUCCAUUCAUCUGUAGCCCAGUGGAGGAAAUGUCUCCAUUCCAUUAAACUUAAGGAUUCAAUUCUCAGUAUUGUACACGUGAAAGGAAUUGUGUUAGUGGCCCUGGCUGAUGGUACCCUUGCAAUCUUUCACCGAGGAAUUGAUGGGCAGUGGGAUUUGUCAAACUAUCACCUCUUAGACCUUGGGCGGCCUCACCAUUCCAUCCGAUGUAUGACUGUGGUACAUGACAAAGUUUGGUGUGGCUACAGGAACAAAAUCUAUGUAGUUCAGCCAAAGGCCAUGAAAAUAGAGAAAUCAUUUGAUGCACAUCCCAGGAAGGAGAGUCAAGUGCGGCAGCUUGCAUGGGUGGGUGAUGGUGUGUGGGUCUCCAUUCGUUUGGAUUCCACACUCCGUCUCUAUCAUGCACACACUUAUCAACAUCUACAGGAUGUGGACAUUGAGCCUUAUGUAAGCAAAAUGUUAGGUACUGGAAAACUGGGCUUCUCUUUUGUGAGGAUCACAGCUCUUAUGGUGUCUUGCAAUCGUUUGUGGGUGGGGACAGGAAAUGGUGUCAUUAUCUCCAUCCCUUUGACAGAAACAAAUAAAACCUCAGGAGCACCAGGAAAUCGUCCUGGAAGUGUAAUCCGCGUAUAUGGUGAUGAAAACAGUGAUAAAGUGACUCCAGGGACAUUUAUACCCUAUUGUUCAAUGGCACAUGCACAGCUCUGCUUCCAUGGGCACAGGGAUGCUGUGAAGUUCUUUGUGGCAGUCCCAGGUCAGGUCAUCAGUCCACAAAGUGGCAGUAGUGGCACAGAUCUAACAGGUGACAAAGCAGGGCCAUCUACACAGGAACCUGGUAGCCAGACGCCCUUGAAGUCUAUGCUUGUCAUCAGUGGAGGAGAGGGCUACAUUGACUUCCGGAUGGGUGAUGAAGGUGGAGAAUCAGAACUUCUUGGAGAGGAUCUUCCACUUGAACCUUCUGUCGCCAAAGCAGAAAGGAGUCACCUGAUAGUGUGGCAAGUGAUGUAUGGCAGUGAUUGAGCCCAUAGGAAAGGAGUGGAGAUGGGGAAACCAUCUCUUCUGCAUGGUUUAUUUCCCCCCUUUCCCCUUUAUUUAAUGCUCUUUUUGUCAAGUAAGUUUCACCACAUAAUGUGUGAGCAUUUUUUUCCUAUUAACUUUAUAUUACAAAAUCUGUCCUACCAUAACAAUACAAGAACUAGCUGUUUUACUGCAACAGUGUUAUAGGCAAUUUCAGUAUAUUAUGAACAAAUCAAAGAAUGUUUCCUUUCUGCAAACUGGUGAACUAUAGAAAGCAACCCAGAUGUGGUGUGGUUUACUCUGCCACAGUCUGUCACUCACUUUGUUUGAUGGGGUCACUUUUUAGCUGUCACUAAUAAUGGAAUUAAUGAAAAACACUCGAUAAAUUAAACUGUACCAUUACAUAAAAUAGUUUUCCCCAAUGUAUUAUAAAAUUGUCAUAAAAUAUUAUCAGAUGGGUUAUCAGGAUUUAUCUAAAUGUCCCAAGAGGGCUAAAAACUAACUGUAAAUUACUUUAACUUUCACUUUCAAAUCUGAAAAAUCUUGUUUAUAUGAUAUAUAAAACUUUGUUUUCAUCAGAUUUUGGGGGGUUUUAUAUUAAAGAAAUUAAGACUAUGCUAUUUAAAUAAAAGUUUCCUGUUUCUGACUUACUAGAAUUCUGAAGUUUAUGAGGUCUGCUUCUCUGAAUAUUCCAGAUUUUGGCAGGGAGACUAGUCUCAUUCACUUUCAUACUGACGUGUCUGGAAAGUCUAUUAUUUAUAAUGUUCAGAAGAUACUCUUGAACAUUGGGAGGGUUUUUAAAAGGAAACUGUGUUUUGUAUUCUGUGUACCAGAGGAUGAUGGUGGUUAGUUGAGUUUUUCUCCAUGUAAAAAUUAUCUGUUCACUAAGUGUUCCUGGACUCCUCUUACCUAUUAAUAAGAAUAAGUCUGUAGUCAAGUGAUGGAAUGUGGCCUAACCAAACGAAAGGGAUUUGAUUAGAAAAGAUAUUUUCUCUUGUUUUGUACAAAACUACAGAAAAAGUAGCACUUGUUAUUUUGUAUGUAAACUCAUUUAAGCUUUUGCACCCUUUUGAGAUUAAAAUGCCCUCUUCAGAGGGGAAAAUUCUGUAGGGAGAAUGACAAAACUAAGAUAGCAUAAAGUAAAGGUUGACAUUACAUCUUUUUACUCACAAUGUCCAUUAAAAAAAAAAAAAAAAAAGAUUAGAGUCUGGUUUUAACUGAUUUUCUUGUUUUAAUAUGUUUUUAAAA